GCCAUACAAGCUUCUAUUGUGAAAUGUUCGUCUACCUGUUCGCAUCCUUUAACUCAGACUUAACUGCAGUCUGAAAGGAUUAACAUGGAGCCCUCUAACAACCAGCCGAGUUCGGGAAUGUUUUCUGGGUCCUUUUAUGCGUUAUUAGCGGGCUUUUUGGCUGCUACUGCCUCUCUGUCAGCUAAGCUGUCGCUCGGUGCGAGCUACCUGAGAGAGAUGUGUGAGACGCGGCUGAGCGACUGGAAUCAAACACCUGGUGGAAGUGCAGCCUGUGACUGGCUCCACAUCCCCCUGCGGCUGCUGUGCGGCGGCCUGCUAUUCGCCUGUAAUGCAGUCAUGUGGACCACCUUCUCCAAGGCCCUCCGACAUUCCACCUCUACAGCCAGGGCCACUGUCACGACCACUGCAUCUAACUUCAUUUCCUCUGGACUGCUAGGGAGGCUCUUCUUUGGAGAGAGCCAUGCAACUCUGUGGUGGGCAGGCAUCUCUCUCACUCUGUGUGGACUGCUGAUGCUUCAUGGUUCAGCACCUCAGACACACCCACAGGAAGCAGACAAGAAGGACAAGUAAUGCAUGUUGGAGUUGUUCCAAGCGUGCAGCCUCAAAACUGUUGACUGCAAAGAGCAGUUCUGGCAGGUUCUCCGCCUGCAGAAUUGACUCUGAUGUAUACUUUUUAAGAGUUCUUCCUAUAAGACGAACAACAACUGCCUUUUUAUGGACUUUCAACUGAAUUCUGAUGCUUUAAGAAAAUGAGGGGUUCCCUGGGACUUGAACAAAAUUUAAAAAAAACCUCACAUUGUUUUUUUUGUAACUGUGUGGUAGUUGACUUUUUUUUAAUGUGUGCUGUAUGUAUUACAAACCACAGUGAUUUGCUCUGCAUUGAAAUAUUGAGUGGAAAUGAAUAUUUUUAUAAAUAAAAUGGAAGUCGAACAAAUGAGGGCACCUAAAUACCACAUAUUUUGUGCAGAAGAAUGUUAAAUUUACUGUAAAGAAUUGAGAAGGAUUUGAAAAUCAAUUGAUCUGAGUUUGGCACCCCCUCGUGGUACUUUGAGGGAUAGCACUGGAGAAGACCGCAUGCCCAGAAAAUUACGGAGGAAACGUUUUCUCCACUUGCACCAUGUGCUAAAGUCAACUAGUUCAAACUAGUUGCAGCUGAAUAUGUUAUCUUACAAUGCCCACAAAAGCUAGAUAGCUCAUACAAAAUUAUGCAAAUGACCAGCUGCAGUAGUCGACAGAAGCGUAAUGAUUAAAGGCUGGAGGUAAAAAUUCAAAAUAAACCCUCUCCACAUGGGUCAGUGACAA